CCUAUAUACACUUAGAUAAACCUUAUCACUUAAAGUCUGAUCGUAAACAGCUAUCAUGAAAACCUUUCAUAUAAUUUGUUUACUACUUGUAAUCGUUUUGGAAUUAAAUUAUGGUGGAACAGCCAAGUGCUCAAUAACUGCAUCUUCGUUUGAAACUGAAUUUUGUACAAUCAAACAAGAAAUAGAAGCUGUGAAGCAGUUUGACUCCAGAAUAUCUAAUACAGAACACGAACUGUUAACACUGAAACACAAUGUUCAAAUCGAAACUGCGGAACUUAAAGAUAACCAAGACCUGAUACAAGACAUACAGAAAAACAUUUCUGAUGCAAUAUCUGUGUAUAAUAUGUCAAAGAACACACCAGAUUUAAAUGAUAAAAUGGAUAAAUUGUUGAAAAUGUUCAAGGAUGUGCAAGAUCGAUUAGAUCAUUUAGAAGUGAAAUGUAAAGUUUGUGGUAGCAACGGUAGUGUAGAUCAUCCUUGCUCACAAAACCCUUGUAGUAACGGAGGAAAGUGCUUAGAAUUGUCGAAGGAUUUUCAAUGUGUAUGCACUAUCGGAUUUACAGGAGAAAGGUGCCAGUACACAGACAAUUGCGCAUCAUCGCCUUGCAAAAAUGGCGGUUCUUGCUCCUCUAAUAUCCUUGGUCAUGUAUGUAACUGCGUCAUCGGGUUCACAGGACCAUACUGUGAAGUAAAAAUAAACGCAUGCGACUCAAAUCCCUGUAAACAUGGAACAUGCUUGUUACACGGAAACUCCUUUAAUUGUCAGUGUGAACACGGAUACGAUGGUUCAACUUGUGAACAUUCAACCGGACAGCAAGGAACAUCGCUUUCAACAGCCAAACCAACAACAACAACAACAAUUCAACCACAAAGUACAGUCACGUAUCCUGAUCCAUGUGCCAAGGCUUCCGUUUGUAACGAACCAGCCAAAUGUCAAGCUGUUGGUAAUCACGAUUACAAAUGCGUUUGUCCAGAUACUGCACUGACUAACAGUGAUAACUGUCUUGAGCCUUACUACUAUGAUCAGUUUGGGUUUUGUUGCAGACUGAACACAUGUAAAAAUAAUUAUAUUGAUUGCUAGUAGCUAAAAUAAAUGGAUAAACAUAUACUAGUAAUAUGUAUAAUUGAUCGCUUUUGCAACAAUAUCAUCUUUGG